CCACACCCGACUUUGGGCUGAGGAUGCUCUCUGCUCGGGGCUCUGCAGCAGGCCGCUACCAUCGCCAACAUCUCAACUGGUACCCACUCGGCUGUGCUUAGCAAUGUCUCCUGGGCUACAGCAGGUUUCCGUGGGAGACAUUUUCUGUGAGAUUUGACUAAGAAAUGCGAAGCCACGCCGAGGGCUUUAGGGAGACAAGAUCCGAACGAGCGCUUCGUCCAGCUGAGUGUGCGGGAGGCUCGGGCCGCUCCUAAGCCGCCUGCGGCUCCGGAAACCAGAACCAGCACCACCCUCGGGCUCUGCGCUCCGAGGACGCUCACAGCCGCUGCUUCCGGGAUUGCGGGCGGAGUCGCGCCUGCGCUGUGGGGCGCGGGAGCCUGACGGGGCGGGGUGGGGCGGUUCUCGGCGCAGGGAACCCGGAAGCGAGAAGGGAAGGAGGGGACUGAAAACCGAGCGAACGGCAGCGGUGAUGGGAAGCGCGCCCCCGCCGGGACCAGACUGUCUUUCCGAAGCGCAGAGCCGCCCUUCUAAAACCACACCCACGCUCGCGGCUGCGCGCGCGCAGUCCCGCGGCUCUCGAGCGGUGGGCGGGGCCGCGCGCGCCAUUCUGACCAAUCGCGCGUCUCUCCGCCUCCCGGGUGGCUCUGCAGCCCCGUCCCCGCGGCAGGAAGUAGACCAAGAUUUCAUUUCCAGUAUGGAAAGCCCAUCAGACUCGCCUGUGACUCGACCUAGCACCCCACAGACCCGUGCGGAUCCAUCGCCCCAUACAAAUAGUUCACGGAAAGCGCCCAUGAGUGCAACACUUAAAGAAAGAUUAAGGAAAACAAGAUCUUCAUUUAAUUCCUGUUGCAGUGUAGUAAAACGUCUUAAAAUAGAGAAUGAAGAAAAUGAUGAGACCUUUCCUGAGAAACCAGCAUCUUCAACAGAAGAAAACUGUUUGGAAUUUCAAGAAAGUUUUAAACACAUAGAUAGUGAAUCUGAAGAAAAUACAUACUUGAAAAGUACUCUCAAAAAUAUCACUGCAUGUGAAUCUAAUUCACUUGAUACUAGGUCAUACAAUGCUCUUCAGAAAGAUUCUGUGAAUGAGAAUCUUGAACAAAGAUUAAUGGAAGAAAGAAUAAAAUUGGUGAAGCAGGUGCAGGACAAGGAAGAUCUCCUUCGGAGACUAAAACUAGUCAAAAUGUAUAGAUCAAAGAAUGACCUCUCACAGUUACAGCUGUUGAUAAAGAAGUGGAGAAGCUGUAGCCAGCUGUUGCUUUAUGAGUUGCAGUCAGCUAUGUCUGAAGAGAACAAAAAACUAAGCCUUUCUCAGUUGAUAGACCACUAUGGGUUAGAUGAUAAAUUGUUACACUAUAACAGAAGUGAAGAGGAAUUUAUAGAUGCUUAAUUAAUAACUUUUUUCUCAGAGUAUUUUUUCGUUCUCUUUUUCUGUUUUUCAGUACUGACUGGGAGAUCAAACCUAGGCUCUGCACUUUUACCACUGAGCCAUACCCCUUGGCUCCUCUCCAGGAAAUCUUUGAGAAUGACAACUUAAUGAAAAGACACUUAGACAUUUUAAGGGGAAGAUGUUAGCCAUUAGGGCAGUGGUGGUGAGCCUACAGCAUAUGUGCCACAGAGGGCUGUUGGUGUCCUUGAAAGCUCUAAAAGGUUCGCCAUCACUGCAUUAGAUGUAAGGUAUCUUGACCAUCAGUUUAGGGUACUCUAAAGACAUAUAAAUUAAGUCCUAAAAUGACAUACAGUAUUUUGAAUAGAUUUAACAAAGAGAAUUUGACAUUAACAGACAUGUUAAAAGCUGGGUUUGGUGGCACUUGCCUGUCUGUAAUUCAGGCAUCCUGGGAGACUGAUGCAGAAGGAUGAAAAAUUUGGGCUCAGCCUGGCAACCUAGCAAGACCCUGCCCUUCGGGCCAGGGAUGGAGCUCAGUGCAAAGGCCCUGGAUUCAAUCCCCAAAUACAUGAAUGAAUGGAUGGAUGGAUGGGUGAGGGAUGUAGUUCUGCGUGAAAGCGCCAGUGUGCCUGCGUGUGCACACAAAUUUAAACCAUGUUUAAAAACUAAUUUGGACAGUCCUGGGAACCCGUUUUAAUAUAUUGUUUUGCUUUUUAUGACAAAAAGUCUUAUUUUCAGUGUUCGUCCAAUCUGGUGAAUGUCUAGACCUAAACUGGUCCAAAAGUUCUCACCUCCUAAGAGAGAGGUGAACCUUGUUUCCAUUCAUUUAUUAUAUCUUGUCAUCUGCUGAUCUCAGAUAAUUAAACUUAUGUCCAAAAUUA